CUGAUCUCACUGUCCGAUACAAUGAACGUCCACCAGUCCCCACUUCCUUCACCCUUUCAAGUGCCGAAGAGAGCGCGUAUAGAGGCUGUGCUUAACUCCUUCGAAGCAAAUGGUCUGACAUUGUAUGAAUUUCUCGAUGCUUGCCUUAGCGAUGAUCUGCGUCACAACCCCACAAAUCUCCAUAAAAUCAAGGGAUCUCUCCCUAUGCUUGUUGGUCUCAUUAUUCAAAGGGAAAGCCUCCAAAAGUGUCUCUCAAUGCUCUACUCACGGGAUCCUACCCUGUUUCUCACUUCAGUGCUCCUUUACACUCGCCAACAACUCACGAAUGAGCUCGAUUGCCUAACAGACAUAGCCUCUGGCUUCCAUUUCUCAGCUUCAUCUAUGACACACAAGGAAGUUAAAUUUUUGUCUGUUCAGCAGACAGCAAAGAAAUUCUCCCAUAAAGCUCCUACUUUGUGGCAUUUUAUUGGCUGUCUCCUUUCGGCGACAUUUACCCCCGAGGAAAUUGUUGAACUGGAUGAAUGGGAGGACAUUGACGAUUUGGAAAACGAAAAUAAUGACGACGAUGAUUGCUGGUUAGAUUCUAGUGGCUUCCCACCUUCAUCUCAAAGGAGCCGAUCCCGCAGUGAGAAGCGGCAGUAAGAAUUACAGUCUUAUC